AUGGCACUGCCUGCGUGUGCAGCCGGGGCGCUCGGGCCGCCGUUGCAACCGGAGCGAGGAGCGCCCGCCCGCACCACCUGUCCCCGCCGGCAUUCCAGAGUAGAGGCCGAAUUGGCAGCAAGCCGGCCCGGAUCAGUCGCCGCCUCAGUCCGCGCGGGCCCUCCUAGGGGUGUGUCUCGCGGAUUCAACUCCCAGCCGCUCCUGGACGAGCCCCUAAAGGCUGCUGCUUCUCUGGCGGGAGCCGCGCGCGCCCCUCUCUUCGCGCUACUGCUCCGAGGCCGCCGCAGGCGGAUGCACGACCUCAGGAGACGCUGGGACCUGGGCUCCCUCUGCCGGGCCCUGCUCACCCGGGGCCUGGCCGCCCUGGGCCACUCUCUGAAGCACGUGCUCGGCGUGAUAUUCUCCAAGAUUUUCGGUCCCCUAGCCAGCGUCGGGAACAUGGAUGAGAAAUCCAACAAGCUGCUGCUGGCUUUGGUGAUGCUCUUCCUAUUUGCGGUGAUCGUCCUCCAAUACGUGUGCCCCGGCACAGAAUGCCAGCUCCUCCGUCUGCAGGCGUUCAGCUCCCCGCUGCCGGACCCGUACCGCUCGGAGGAUGAGAGCUCCGCCAGGUUCGUGCCCCGUUACAAUUUCAGCCGUGGCGACCUUCUGCGCAAGGUAGACUUCGACAUCAAGGGCGAUGACCUGAUCGUGUUCCUGCACAUCCAAAAGACCGGAGGCACCACUUUCGGCCGCCACCUGGUGCGCAACAUCCAGCUGGAGCAGCCGUGUGAGUGCCGCGUGGGUCAGAAGAAAUGCACUUGCCACCGGCCGGGUAAGCGGGAGACCUGGCUCUUCUCCAGGUUCUCCACGGGCUGGAGCUGCGGACUGCACGCCGACUGGACCGAGCUCACCAGCUGCGUGCCCGCCGUGGUGGACGGCAAGCGCGACGCCAGGCUGAGACCGUCCAGGAACUUCCACUACAUCACCAUCCUCCGCGACCCAGUGUCGCGGUACCUGAGUGAGUGGAGGCAUGUCCAGAGAGGGGCAACAUGGAAGGCGUCCCUCCACGUCUGUGACGGCAGGCCCCCAACUUCUGAAGAGCUGCCCAGCUGCUACACUGGAGACGACUGGUCUGGCUGCCCCCUGAAAGAGUUCAUGGACUGUCCCUAUAACCUAGCCAACAACCGCCAGGUGCGCAUGCUGUCCGACCUCACACUCGUUGGCUGCUACAACCUGUCGGUCAUGCCCGAAAAGCAGAGGAACAAGGUCCUCCUGGAAAGUGCCAAAUCGAAUCUGAAGCACAUGGCGUUCUUCGGCCUCACCGAGUUUCAGCGGAAGACCCAGUAUCUGUUUGAGAAAACCUUCAACAUGAACUUUAUUUCUCCCUUUACCCAGUAUAACACCACUAGGGCCUCUAGCGUAGAAAUCAAUGAGGAACUCCAAAAACGUAUUGAGGGACUGAAUUUUCUGGAUAUGGAAUUGUACAGCUACGCAAAAGAUCUCUUUUUGCAAAGGUAUCAGUUUAUGAGGCAGAAGGAGCAUCAGGAAGCUAGACGGAAGCGUCAGGAACAACGCAAAUUUCUGAAGGGAAGGUUCCUUCAGACCCAUUACCAGACCCAGAGUCAGGGCCAGAACCCGAAUCCCAGUCAGAAUCCGAGUCAGAACCCAAACCUGAAUGCUAGUCAGAGUGGGACUCAGAAUCUGUUUCAGAAUCUGAUUCAGAAUCUGACUCAGAGCUCGGGUCAGAAUCCAAACCCAAAGGAGAACCAGGAAAGCCAGAAGCAGAAUCCAGGCCAAGAGCAGAGCGAUGGCAACACCAGCAAUGGCACCCAUGACUAUAUAGGCAGCGUAGAGAAAUGGCGCUAAGUGGCUCCCAAAGGCUUUCACACACUUCUCCCAAAGCGCCAGUCAAAAUAGGGCAGAUCCUCAAACAUAAGAGCGUCCAAACACAUCCUGCUUCCUAAAGUUUGGAAGUUCAAAAAAGUUAAGAUGUCGCCUUUACAGUUGCCUUUCAAUUCAGUGUUCUACUGUGCGUGGGUAAAACAAAUUUCAAUAUGUAAUUAAAUUGCCUUUUUUUUUUUUGGCUUGUUGGAGUAUUUAUAAAAUCCAAAAGCCAAACCAGACUCACCAGAAAUUGCUGUUUAGAUAUUUUAAGAAGUUCUUAAAUUAGUCAUAGGAACAAAAUGGAAACAUAAAAUGUGGCCAUUUAACUUAUGCCUAAGAAAUGGACUUUACAUUAUUCAUGAUACACUGUCGAAACCCAAUCUUGGAAGCAAACAUUUUUUCCAGGGGUAAGCAUGAAUAUAACAUAAAACAAACUAAACACGAAACUUCAUUUUCUUCUGAUUAUAACCAAGAAUCUAUUUAAAUAAAAUAAGAACUGAUGGUAGAGUUUACCAAACUGUAGAAAAUAGAAAACUUCUCUCCCAAACAUGGGUAGUUUUAUGUAAAAAUAUUGGCUUUUGAGUAGAAAGGGACUCAUCUUGUUAUUUGAGAUGUUUAAAAUUUUAAACUUUUUCUACCUUCUGCUAUUUAAAGGUUUUAAACAGGGUGUAUCUCAUAUUAAACCAAACACUUUUUCCAAAUGGAGUACCAAUGUAAAGAUCUAAUUUCCAGACGAUUUCUGGGCACUGUAAUUUCAACAAUUCUGGAAUCCUUUUGGCGCUGCUUCUCAUUCAUUUUAAAGCUUCUCCGAGUUGUGCUCAUUCCAAACUAAACCGUUUUAGAAUCUUUCUUCAUCAUCUAAAUGGUGUGUUGCUGAAUUUAUUGUGAUAUAUAAUCCUGGAUUAAAGUCAGGACUUUCUUUCUAUUGAAUUGUCUUAUCAAUGUUUGUGUAGUGAGAUCCUUAUCAAGAAACUCUUGAACAGGAUAGCGUGUCUUAAAAUAUUGCUGAAGUUAGUAUUCUAUUCUUGAUCAGAUAGAAUUGAGCCUGAAUGUGAAUGAAUCAUUAUUUACUUUUUGUACAUUUUUAUUGUAAUGUUUCCAGUUGGGCUGGCUCUUUCUAGCCCAUUAGUUCUUUUUCAUGUUGACAGAGUGUAGACAAUUACAAGAGAAAAACAAGGUUGGAAUAAGCACUAGGAUAGCCAACGUUAUUCAGGAACACCAAAAGCUUUACCUCGAUACUUUGGGUGAGCCGUGUACCAGGUUUAGUUUUGAGAAAACAAAAGGCAAAAGAAUUCUGCAGUGAGGUUAAACAUCAGAAACAUGGGUGGAAGAAAGUGAUUUUGUAUUGGAAGUCUGUGCAAAAAUACUUUCAGGGUAUCAAGUUUGAAUUUCAGGGGGCAAAAAGAAGUAUAUAACCCACUGUGCUAGCAAGCAUCCUGAUUCUGGGCAGCUUCCAUAUUACGGGUUUUGCUGUCCUUUCGUAAGGACUUAAACUAAGCCUCUGGCUGUAAAUCCGAAAGGCAACUGGAAGUGGCAGUUAUGUUUUCAUGAGGGACAUGCUUAGAAAUGUGACCAUAAAGUCACGUCUUGUACAAUCUGCCCAUUUGCAUGAUCUAGCUUCAUCUGUAAUAAUAAGGCCACAAACUGGACAAGAAGCUGAGUACUUGGGUUAAAAAGUGUUUUUGACUCUGCGCUUGUAUCAGUAGAUCUAAAUUUUGUUUUGCCUGACAGUAUCACAGUCCUGGGAAUCUGAGAACUGGAAAACUGAAAGGAAAAAAAUUUUCAAAAUCCAAAAUACCUUAACGUCAAACUGUUUUAGAGUGAAACUAUUUUGUGUACUUUGUGUUUUUAAACUAAUGAUUCUGUAGAUCACUGUGGUAUUUCAAUUUCGUUUUGUUUUAAUGGAUGAUGUUUGCUUUUAAAGCUGAUAGGUAAUGUUGGAAAGCAGGAUGAAGCCCGAGCCAGUGGAAAAGCUUGUUACAGAAAAAAAAUAUUUUGUGUUAUUGCUGUGGUGUGCAUGGUUUGCAGAGAUUAAGUGCAUUUUCUCUGUCUAUACUGAUUUACUGUAUAUAGGGGAUGUUAUAAAUAUACAUUUUGGUCAUCAUCAUGUAAAUCCCAUGACUUCAACUGUAAACAUCUGUCCAGUGAUGUAGCUUUACAAACCAUUUACUGAUUUUGUGUAAUUUAACAAUAGAUAUGAAAUAAAGUUUAAAUUACGG